AAAUUUAUACGACCAUAGUGCUACGUAAAAUGCGCUGGCGCAGCCCCUGGAGCAGUCGGCGGCGUGUGCUCGACCAUUGCGUACAUACAGAGAAAGAAUACGGAGGCAGUCAUCAUGAGACGCCUUCUUGUGUUGGCAGUUUUGGUCGCCGCGAUCACCUCUUCAGAAGCCGUUCGUCGCAAGCACAAGCGCCUCCGGACAACCACAACAACAGAACCAGCCAUGUUGGCGGCCGCUAGGCUAUUCCCUACCGUCUCCCCCCGCCAGUCCUUCGAGCCGCACCAGGACACUGAUGCUGAACAUCUGGAGAGAGGCAUGGCUGAGCGACUCGAUGAGCAGAGAUUCCAGGAGUCGGAGAAGGCUCGAGUUCACGAGCUCAUGAAUGAGGACCACGACUCAAAUGAGGAGGAGACCAAUGAAAUCAACUUGGACGACCCCUGCCUGAAGGUGCACUGCAGCGCCGGGCGCGUGUGCGAGAUCAACGAGCUGGGCGACGCCGCCUGCAACUGCAUCAAGGAGUGCCCCUACGAGACCGACGCCAGGAGGAGGGUGUGCACCCACGACAACGAGACGUGGUCGUCGGACUGCGAAGUGUACCGGCAGCGGUGCCUCUGCCUCGACGGCUCCGACCAGUGCCGCGGGCCGCAGUACCACCACGUGCAGAUCGAGUACUACGGCGAGUGCCGGGAGAUGCCCGAGUGCACAGAGAGCGAGAUGUCGGACUUCCCGCGGCGCAUGCGCGACUGGCUGUUCAACGUGAUGCGCGACAUGGCCGAGCGCAGCGAGCUCACCCCGCACUACCUGCGCAUGGAGCGCGAGGCCGAGACCAACCUCACGCGCCGCUGGACCAACGCCGCCAUCUGGAAGUGGUGCGACCUCGACACGCAUGACAACGACAGAUUCGUAUCCCGUCACGAGUUGUUCCCGAUCCGCGCGCCGCUGAUGUCCCUGGAGCACUGCAUCGCGCCGUUCCUCGACCUGUGCGACGAGGACAACGACCACCGCAUCUCCCUCGCCGAGUGGGGCAAGUGCUUGCAACUUGACGAGUAUGAAAUGGAGGACCGUUGUGACCAGCUUGCUGAAGACACCGCGUAGAUGAUAAAUAUUUACUUAGUUAUAAUUUUAUACAUGUUUUAAGUUAGGUACUUAAUAUUAACUGUACAGGCCAGACUACAUUAAUUAAUAAACAUUUAUCU